AUGCAGGUUUAUGUCGAUUAUAGAGAUGUUAACUCAAUAUCAAAUAAAAAGACAUUAGCAUAUGUGAAUAAUUUCGUUAUAAACACAACACAAUUUUUAAAUAGAUUCAAUUAUCUAUGUGAACAAAAACUAUGCGAUAUAUCAAAUCAUUUACAAAAGUUAGAGAUUACAAUGUCACUUUUAGAGAUUAAAUUAGGAUCAAUCGAUGGAUUAGAAUCAUUACCAUCCUCUGCAAACGUACCUGUACAUAAUACCCAACCAACAACUCAACAAAAUACACCACCACCACCAACAGCAGCAGCAACAACCUCUUCAAAUAUUCCACCACCACCACCACCACCUCCACCACCUAUGACUGGUGUCCCACCUCCACCACCACCACCACCCCCACCACCUAUUUCAAAAUCUAAUAUACCACCUCCACCAGCAACACAACAAAAUACACAAGAAUCAGAUGAUGACGAUGAAGAUAAUAAUAAUAAUGAUAAAAAUAAUAAUAAUAGAGAUGAUGAAGAUGAUGAUGAUGAAACUUCUUCUCAAGCACCACCACCACCUCCAAUGCCAACAUUACCAUCAUCACAAUCAUUAAUGGAUAAUUUAGCAGCAGUUUUAGCAAUGAAAAAACAACAAAGAAAUCCACAACCACCACAACCACAACCACAAUCACCAUCACCACAACCACCACCACCACCAACAACAACCUCAUCAAUACCAGUCCCACCACCACCAUUUUCAGGUGCAAAUAAUAAUUCAGAUGAUGAUGAUGACGAUGAUGAAGGUCCAUCACUUUCAAUACCCGCCCCACCUUCAAUGAUGGUAAUGAGUGGAAAUAAUAAUAGUAAUAGUAAUAGUUAUAGUAAUAAUAAUAAUAAUAAAGAUGACGACGAUGAUGAUGAUGAUGAUGAUGACGAUGACGAUAACUCAAUUUCAAUACCAAAACCACCUCAAAUGGAUGAUAUAAUGAUACCAGCACCACCAACUGAUCUUUUUAUUCCAGCACCACCAUCAAUAAGAAAUUAUGACGAUGCAGAUGAUGACGAUGAUGAUGAUGAUGAAUCAUGGUAA